GUUAUUGAUUCGAAAGAAAAGGGGGUGUGGCCGCACUAGACACUACUACUCGCACCUCAGAAUUUCGUAAUUUUCGUAAUUUUCUUCGUCUAUAAUGAUUAUUUAGUGGAAAGCGAUUGAUAAGAAAACAUGCCAGCCAGCGGUUUAAUUGUGCCCGUCGUGCUGUGGGGCAAGGAACCUCCUACGCAUUGCAUUUCCUGUGUCUAUUUGUCCAAAGAUCAGAGAACCUUGAUCACAGGCGCCUACGAUGGACAGAUUUGCCUCUGGCAGGCCGAUCCAGAGACUUUGAAGAUGACUCCUCGUCUCCUGCUGGUUGGUCAUUCUGCUCCGAUUUUAUGUCUCUCCAGAGCCAGCCACUCUGCAGAAAAUAAUUUCAUUAUCAGUUCUUCGGAAUGCGGCGAAAUGGCCACUUGGGACUUGGUUGACGGAAAAUGCUGCGAGCUGGUUAAGAUUCCUUACGUUCACACGAAUAUUCAACCUUAUCACAUGAGCGGCACUGAAGACGACCGGCUCUUUUGCAACGGAUACUACGCAGAAAUUUUAAUAAUGGACCCUUUCAGUUUAGAAAUUCUUUUCUCCCUUGCGUCCAGGGUUAAUCCCGACUGGAUCAGCGCUCUGCACGUCCUUCGACCAGCAAAAAGGAAAGGUGCGGCUUUUAAUAAAUCAAUUCAGACCUUUUUUAGUUUAAAAAUCGCUCCAGAUGACGUGGUGCUUGGAUUGACAACCACCGGCAUGGUGAAAAUGUGGCCACUGCCUGCCGGAGUAGGCAAAGGAUCCGAUCCGCUCUACGAAACGGAAAGCAAGCAAAUUCGAUGUCUCAAUGCUAUCAGUAUGAGCUGCUGUGCAUACAACCAAAGAACUGUUAUCAUUGUUUGCGCCAAGUUUUGGCAGAUUUACGACGCUGGCGACUUCUCUGUCUUGUGCUCGGUGAAUCCUCCACGAGGAGAGCGGUGGCUGGGAGGGGAAUUUCUGGCAGCAGAUCGAGUGCUUCUAUGGUCAGACGAAGGCCGAGGUUACAUGUACAGGCUGCCAACAAACAAACUAAGAGGGAAGUUCGCUGAUAGUUGCAUAGCUGACAGCAAAGAUUUCCACAGCAAAGCCACAGAUGCUGAUAAUCCAUUCCUCUACUGCACUCUGGCAAUGCCAGUUGAAAAGCCCUUGUCAUGCCCUCCUGCCAUGAGGUUUUUCCAAGCUGUAGCACAGCAAGGAAAGCCAAGCUGCAAGUACCAAAAGCUGCUGAUCAGAGGUGACUCGGAAGGUGCGAUCAAGUUUUGGCAUAUCCCAGAAGUGAGCAACAGCCAACUGGCACAAAUCAAACAAGAGGAAUUUGACAAACCGACUUCCUUGCCUCCGACCUAUCAAAUCACAAUGUCCGAAGUGUGGGCCAACAUGAAGCCCCCGCCUGCAGGAAUCGUUGAUCAGCUGGAAACGCCAGAUGCUCCAAGUAUUCACAUAACAGCCAGUAUUUAUUUGCCCCAGCAAGGCAGACUAGUUUGCGGACGGGAAGAUGGCUCCAUUAUCAUUGUGCCAGCUUCGCAGACCGUAAUGUUGCAACUCUUGCACGGCAAACACCAGCAAUACGAUGAUUGGCCUCCGCAUCAAGUGCUUCUUGGUCACGCGGGCCGUGUGAACUGCCUUUUGUACCCCAACCACGUCCAUCCCCGCUACGAAGUGUCCCAUCUUGUGUCCGGGGGCGUUGACUUUGCUGUCUGCUUGUGGGACUUGUACUCGGGGUCUCUGCUGCACAGAUUUUGCGUUCACGCCGGUGAAAUAACCCAGUUGAUGGUACCCCCUAGCAAUUGCAGCCCAAGGGUACUGAAGUGCAUUUGCAGCGUCGCCAGUGAUCACUCAGUGGCAAUUUUGGGACUCAGCGAGCGAAAGUGCGUGGUACUUGCUUCAAGGCAUUUGUUUCCAGUGGUAACCGUCAAAUGGCGUCCGCUGGACGACUUCAUGGUUGUUGGAUGCUCUGAUGGAACGGUUUACAUCUGGCAGAUGGAAACAGGCCACUUGGACAGAGUUUUGCACGGCAUCUGCGCUGAGGAAGUAUUGCACGCCUGUGAUGAAAACGUGGCAUCGACAACUGCUGCUUCGGCUGGCGGGGACAUGGGCUUGGCGAAUCCCGCUGUUCAUUUCUUCCGAGGCCUUCGUUCGAGAAAUUUGUCAGCCAUCCGGCAUGCCACUCAAAGAGGCUUGCAUCAAUUGCAGCAGUUGCACCACCACUCGAAUCAACAUGAUGGCGUUGUUGUCAAAAGUGAUGCUCCACCUCUAGUCAUUCAGGGUUACAGGACGAACCCAAAGGACAGCGAGUCGCACAUUCUGUUCUUUGAUAUUGAAGCUUUGAUAGUCCAACUGCUUUCUGAGGAAUACAGUGCCAUGUCGCCUGGGACCCUCGAGGCUCAGGGUUUGAUAAACAGUGCCGAAUAUGAAAAGGUGUCCGCACUUACCCAGUCUGCGUCACCUGACGCUUCUAAGAAAAUCGCAGACUUUUUCGGCAGGGUCAAAGACAAGGCUGGAGACAUGGAGCGAAUACUUAAGGAAAAAGAUAAGCAUGGAAUUCUUGCCAAAGUGAAAGAGGGAGCAGAGACGAUGCACACUAAACUGCAGGCGAAAGCAGAGAGCGUCGGGCUGAAAAACAUCUCUGGCGACGGCAGAGAGCGCAAAGGCUCUGACGGGGAUGGAAGGAGCCGUGGGUCCAGGGCCGGACUGAUCGAAACCGUGAACAUCACGAUGGAAGUGGCGCAGUUGCUGCUUUCCCUGAUCCACGCCUGGGGCCUCGACCCUGACCUGGACAAGGUGUGCGAAGGGAGGCUGGGCUUGCUGCGGCCGAUGAUUCCUGUCUCUUUCGGAAUCAUGUCCCGUGGUGGGUUCAUGAGCCUGACGCUGCCGACCUGGCAGACGCUGCUACCUCCGAUCAACCCUGCGAGCACGUCGACAGGCAUCGCAGCCAACCUGCCGCCGGAGAUGGUGCGCAUGGAGAUGGCCACCAGACUGUUCACGGCGAGGAGCCACUGGGAGCUGUCCACGGUGAUGACCACCACCCACCUGCUGAGCAUCAUCGCCAUCGCCAAUACCCUGAUGGCCAUGAACUGCGCCACCUUCAUUCCGGAGCAGGAGCGCCGGCGCAAGCUGCACCGGCCCGGCAUGCGCCACCUUUCGAGCACGUCAGAGGACGCCGGCGUGGACGAGGACAUGUUCACCGCCCAGCAAGCGCAAAUCAAACAGGGCUGGAGCCUGCUCUCCACGCUGCACUGCAUUCUUCUGCCGGACAAACUAAACGCACUCGGCUCCAAGACCUUUAAGCGGCCACUCGUUGAACUCUUGGCACGCAGGUGGCAAGACCAGUGUCUUGAAGUACGCUCAGCUUCUCAAACGUUGCUGCUGGCAGAGCUGUCAAGGAUGGGAUCCAAAGGCAGAAAAGCUCUCGUGGACAGCUGGGCGCCGUUCUUGCCGUUUAAACCGGACAAGCCUGUUCCCAACACGCAGCAGAUAACAGGUGCGAACCAGCCGCAAGAGGGUAACGGAGAAAGCGAUCAAACCCAACAGCAAACCCAGGAGGAGACAGAGGAGGACGACGACGAGCAUUUGGAUGACAUGGCUCCGCAAAGACCUUCCACCUCAACAGAAGCCAAGAGGAAGGAGGCAACCGCAGUGGUGCUGCUGGGCGUGAUCGGUGCUGAAUUCGGACAGGAUAUCGACGCCUCCAGUGCUAAGAGGAAGACGUCCGCAGGUGGAGAACAGCCGAAAAAGCGCGGCUCUGUGGUCGAGGGCUUCGGCAUCGGGGCGGCGGGCAGUAACCUAGCCCGGUGCACAAGUUUGGCCCUGAUGAAUUUGCUGUUGUCACCGCCUUCUAGUCGACUCCCAACGCACUCGUCCAUGAGGAGGGCGGCCAUGGACCUUCUGGGUCGUGGAUUCACGGUCUGGGAGCCGUAUUUGGACGUUUCCAAAGUGCUCUUGGGACUUCUUGAGCAGUGCUGCGAGAGCGAUCAUUUGGUGCCAAGUAUGACUUACGGCCUGCCGUUGACGCCGACCGCAGACGCGUGCCGCACUGCCCGACACUCGCUGGCUCUGAUCGCAACGGCGCGGCCUGCGGCCUUCAUCACCACGAUGGCGAGGGAGGUGGCUCGCUACAACACCCUGCAGCAAAACGCGCAAACCAUCAACAUCAACCUUUCGCAGACCGUGUUGCACAGAGCCAAGCCCGAAAUCCUGCGCAACGUUGAGUUGCUCAUUGAAAAGAUGCCGAGUGAAAUGGCCGAUCUUCUAGUCGAGGUGAUGGACAUUGUCCUGCACUGCGUGGACCCUGGCCACCUGAAAGUCAAAACCCUGAACGAGGUGUUCCCGGCGGCGUGCCGCUUCCACCAAGUCAGCCACUGCAACCAGUCGAGGCGAAUUGCUGUCGGUGCCAAGACGGGUCAGCUGGCCAUUUAUGAGCUGCGCUCCAACCGCUGCCAGCUGAUCGCAGCCCACGGCGUGCCCAUCACGGCCUCUUCUUUCUCGCCUGAUGGCAAAUUCCUCGCGUCUUACGCUUGCACGGAAAACAAGAUCGGAUUUUGGCAGACGUCGACUGGAAUGUUUGGGCUUGGCAACUCGCAAACGCGGUGCGUGAAGAGCUACCCGACGCAGCCAAUCGGCGACCUGAGCAGGCACAGCCCCUUGAAGCUGGGCCGGCUAAUCUGGAUCACAAACAAAACUGUUUCUUUGAUGCUCUGCGACGGCUCAGAAGCAAGAUAUACUGUCUAAACUCGUGUCAUACUCACUCGAACCACUGAUAUCCAUUCCUAUACUCACGUAGUUACUUGGCCGUAGACAAAAUUGUUGAAUCUAUAUCAUUCGUGUACUGCGUUAAUUUAUUUAUCGAUGGCGAACUUCCGUUUUUGAGCAACUUAUUCAAAGCAUUAAAAACACGAUAUAGUGGAAAAUUGUUGCAUGAGAGGCAGACAAUAAAAUGCGCGUCAUUCAUUCAUACACUUGAAUGGAGGUAAUUAAGAUAAGAAAAUAUUACAAAUUAAAGAUAUGCAUCUGGUGAUGUAAUACGGUGUGAUAAAAAUAAAAGUAUAUCUGGCGUUACUCAAACAUUCCAAAACA